AUGUCUUCUGACUGGACAACUCGCUUUGAAUAUAUUCUUGAUCAUUAUCAUCAAGAUGUUGUGACUGCAGAAUCACCGCAGGCUCUCAAACGUAUGGUGAAGAAAAUUCGUAAGGCUAUACUGGAAGCCCAAAAGGAACUUGAAGACGAAGACGUGCCCUUGCCUACUUCUUUGAAAAAGAAAUUGUUCAAGGAAGAAAUGGACGCAUUUGACAAGGCUGAGCAGCAAAGGAAAGGCCUGGAACAGUCAAUAAAGUAUCGGACAGGCCAUGCCAGGGAAUGGUUUGACAACAUGUCGCCUUCACAACAGAAGGAGGUCAAGUUCGCGAUGACAAAAUGGAAUAGGGAGGGGGCACCAGAAGAAACUCAAGCAGUGUAUCGGAAGAACAACCUCAAGAAAACACUUGAAGACUUUUCAGAGCAAAUCCGACGUACUAUGGGUUGUCGAGUGGUGAUGUUCGUGAGUCACAAGAAAAAAGCUAGGCAGAAACUGUCUGUCAGUCUACACGAAACCGACCCUCGAAAUGUCAAGAAGAGGUUCUCUGUCAGCUCCAAUGGGAUCAAGGAGUGGACUGCAACUGGAUAUCAAUCCUUUGCAGAAUGGUCAAAGACCGAAUUUUAUCCUUCAGAUGAUCAGGACCUCGAGGGUUCAGACAAUGAGGAUGCUGGCAAUGAACCUGCUACACCCGAAAUUAUCCUAGAUGACGACGGAUAUGCCAAACUUCCUAGUCGUGAUGGUCUUGGCCUUAAGGGCCAACACGAAUUGAUUAGAAGUAUAUUUCAUGCUUCGUAUAAAGUUUGCACUGGGGGCUCUAGACCUGUGCCUUGGGGUGUGAUAUCUGCCGCCUCAUCCAAUUAUUUGGAACAUGGUUCUGUUCCCACUGCAUUUGUGGUCAAAGACCCUUCUCAUAUGAAGACUGAGGAGGUAAAUCGUCUAUGGAACCAUUGGGAACAAUGUUCGGCUGCAAACAAGAAGCUAGUCAUUUUUAUCAAAGCCAAGGAUGCUGAUGUACGUGCAAAUGUAAGGAAUGAAGAAAGAAAGAAGAAGUCCAAGGAGAAAAGAGUACGCUUCCUUGACUCAGACGAAGAAGACAGAGACCGGCUUCCUUCCUUGAACAGCUCUGAUUUCACAGAACAUAGAUCCCAGCCGGCCGACACAACCCCAGACGAUGUUUCAAUCAAUGAUCGAUAUACAUUCCUAGAAUCUCUAAGCAAGAAUGACAACUACCUGGAGCUUGUAGACGCCAUUAAGGAUCUGGCAAUCUUAGCCAAUCAGAAGCCAACUUCAGAGCAGAAUGCAGAUUUGCCUAUCUGGGCUGACUGGUCUUGGGGAGGAUCAUAUCUUCCUGAGGACGUGCAUGUGUCAUAUGACACUUUGAAGGCCAGCUUGGAUAAGCUGCGAACAUCUCCAAUCUUAGGGGCAGCAUCUGCCAUGCCAGUGAUUCUAGGAAUUGGGCUCCUCUAUAGGGAGUCUAAACGAGUCAUAGAGUUUGAGGAAGAUGAGGCUGACCCCAAUAUGCCUUUCUACCUACCUGGUUCUGCUUUCGAUCUACAAUUCUUGGUUUCUCUCGAUCGCGUUGUCCAGGAGGUCUUGUGCACAGUUGUCGAGCACAUAGAGAAGCUGACAAAAGAGGCACUUGGUAAGGACAACAACAUGGAGGAUGAAGAUGAAGUUGGAAACAAGGUGACGGAGGAGGAAGUUGUUGUCACAAAGGAGAAGGAGAAGGAGAAGCAGCAGGAGCAGGAGCAGGAGCAGGAGCAGGAUGAAGUUGGAGAGGGGGUGCAGAAAGGGAGGAAGAGAAGAAUGCCCCAAGCUUCGACCAACUUGGGUGCAGAAUUGAACCAUCAGUUGAUGAGACCCAAGCUGGCCGCAAACUGGCCAGCCAUGCUCUUACAUAUGGAGACACAAGCUGGCCGGUUUGCUAGUGAAAUAUUAGCAAACUGGCCAGCUUGGGUCUACGUAUGUGAGAGCAUGGCUGGCCAGUUUGCCAAUACUUCACUAGCAAGCCAGCCAGCUUGUGUCUACGUUUGUAAGGGCAUGGCUGGCCAGUUUGCUAAUAUUGCACUAGCAAACCAGCCAGCUUGUGUCUACGUUUGUAAGAGCAUGGCUGGCCAGUUUGCUAAUAUUGCACUAGCAAACCGGCCAGCUUAA